AAACCGUGCUCUCGGCCAGCCUAGCCUAGCCUAGCAUGACUGGAUACACGAUGACGAGAAAAGCGUCCGGGUCCGCAUCGCGCAAACUGUCUACGGGUCAAAGAGAGGCUCUAGAGAAAGUGAGCGAGAGCUACGACAAACUGGACUUUGGCAUAUUCAAUUAAAGUCAACGUGAUUUAGCUGUCAUAUUAGGAAUUCAUUUAGCAGUUCAGAUACGGAGUUCCGUUGCCGGAUUUCGAGGAGACUCUGAACUUAUUUCCAUUAGCGAGUAGAUGUGUAAAGUUAGUUCGCAUGAGGUUUUUACUCUUGUGUGGUAUCUGCAUAAUUGUCAGUUAGCAGCCUAUGCCAGCGGGCGCCUCUCAGUAGAAUAAUACAACUUGCAAAACAUUCUGUUAAGUCCUUAAAAUGCGAUUCUGCUAGUGGUUUAUAUCGUUGGCCAAGGGUUACUAGUGUGCUGCGCCCGCCCGCCCGACUUCCUCGCCGUAGGUUGUACCUCGAUGGUAAGCGAGUGAGGUCGGCGCUCGAGCUUUCCCGGUUGGAUUUACAUAUGUGUAUUUCCGUGGGAAAGGCGGAGGAGAUCCUUCAAUGGCAGUCUUUCAGGAACCGGGAAGGAAACACUACUGGUAACCUAACGCUGGUGGCACGGAAAAGUUUAAAAAUCGUCCUCGGUGGAGUUGGGCUUUGUACAUUUUGUUUGUUCACACUUCGUAAGUGUUCUUUCACUAUUUUGGACCGCUGGUUUCGCCACGAGAAGUACUUUCUUCUGGACGUCAUUUUAUCGUCGACAGUUGUGGAGUUGUGUGUCUCGGCGGGGCGAUGGCGGGCAGCGGUGGCGUGUCUCCGGCGGGGAUCGCGCCUCCUCUCUGGUAUCACCGGGAUCUGAGUCGCGCUGCGGCGGAGGAGUUGCUGGCCCGGGCCGGUCGCGACGGGAGCUUCCUGGUGCGCGAUAGCGAGAGCGUCAACGCGGCAUACGCCCUGUGUGUCCUCAUAGUGGAGUUCUCUUUCAUCCCUGUGUGUGUGUGUGUAGGGGAGUGUGUGUUGGCGUUGAAGUCUAUGAUCGGCAGCACGGCGCAGCAGUUCCACACAUACCUGUCUCACAGGGGGGAGGAGACCGGAAACAUCCGCGGGUCCAUGAGGGUCCGAGUGCCGUCAGAACGCAUGGGGACCAGGGAGAGGCUCUACGAGUGGAUCAGUGUGGAUAAGGAUGAGACUGGAGGACCCAAGACCAGAGCAACACUGCCCUCUAGAGUCGGACACGAUUAUGUCAAGCCUUCUCCGAGCCGUAAACUGGCUGGUGGGGAACUGAGUAAAGUUGCGGAGGAGGGAGAGAGGACCACAAGCACCCGCCCCCCUCACACACACACACCAGCUGGGAAAGAAGACAGCACUCAGACCAGAGUGAAACAGGACUCUAUGGAAGGCGACCCAACCACCUGUAAGAACAGCUACAAUAACCCCGCCUACUACAUCCUGGAAGGUGUGCCCAACCAAUCAGCUGGUCUGACCUCAGAUCUGCUUCCUGGCCCCGCCCACACGCCCGUAGCCAACAAAUCAGCAGUCCCGGCCGCUGGAGUGGUUGGCAAGAGCAAACCGCCCUCAGGGGCUCCCGUCCAAUCACGUCGACCCAGCACCGGUCGUACGCCUGUUCGACCAAUCAGCGAGGAGGGCUCCUCAGAGGAUGAUGGGAGUUCUGGCCUGGUGGGCGGGACUCUGAACAGGCCCCCCCCUGACUUCCCGCCUCCCCCACUCCCCAAGAGCGCAGUCGACAUGACGGACAGCUGCUUCUACCCAAUGGGACGAGAGAGCGGCAAGGGGCGGGUCUACCCCGAACUGCCAGAGGUGAAAAACCCGCCCCCAACAGUUUCUAAGCCCCUCCUCUCUCCAGGACUAACCCCGCCCCCUGGAAGUGGUGCCUUUUGCCUUGAACCGCCCACUCUCGCCCCUCCAGCCAAUCCCCAGUUCCGUAGGGCUGUGGGCGGGGCCUCGGCGCUGGAUGACCAAUCGUGUUCAGUGCUGCAGAUGGCCAGGACGCUGAGCGAGGCGGAGUUCCCCGGAGGGGGGCGGGGCCUCCGGUCAGAGGGGGUUGGGAUGAGGGGGGCGGGGCUAACAGAUGGCUGCAGAACGUUCCCGCCGCGAGCAAUUCAGGAGGAGACCGGCACCGAGGAUCUACCAGAGGAGGUUCUGUGGCGAGGGGGCAGCAGUAGCAGCAGUCUGUCAGUAGAGGGCAGUGUUGGCGAGUGGCUGCAGCGCCUGGGCCUGGAGCGAUAUGAAGAAGGACUUCUGCACAACGGCUGGGAUGAUCUGGAGUUCCUCAGUGACAUCACAGAGGAGGACCUGGAGGAGGCUGGGGUUCUUGACCCUGCCCACAAACACAUCCUAUUGGCCAGUCUCAGGCAGCAGCAGCAGAAGUGAUCCAGCUGCUGGUCCACGAUUGGCCAAAACACUGCCAAGGGAGCCACGCCCCCACACUCCUCCUAAUCCAAUCACAUGCUAAUCUGUUAACCAAUCAGAUACUGGCUAGCCCUCAGAAAGUCUGCUGUCCUACGUGCUAGAGUUUCAGGCUCCGCCCCCUGCAAGUCCAUUUCCUUCCUGACACUCACAGACGAGAAGUGAGGUCAUCACUGAGCGCCACGUAACCCAGGGCUCCAGACAGACAGACAGACAGACAGACA